CUCCAUGAAUAAUACUAUAAGUCCACUGAUCACUUAUAUGAAGGAUAUAGGAAUCCUAAGUAGACACCAGGUGAAAGAAUUUAUCCUCCUGCUUAAAAAGAUGCUUACCUCUGAUAUUAAAAGGAAGCGGAAAGCUAAUAUUGUUGAGACUUCCAUCCAAUGUUUGUCAGACUUCCUCUCAAUGCAAUCUCCUGAGCAAUGAUACGACUUAGCUGCACGAGUAAUUUUGAAAUGGGAUCACAAAAAGUUAGAUCCUUUAAAAUAGACUUCUUCAUAAACGUGAAGAAAAGGAUAAAUUUUUCAAAUUUACCUCUUUCUCUAAAUGGAAAUCAACCCAGCAUUCUGACCUUAUAAAGCACCUAUAUCAAAGAAUAGACGAACAGGAAGAUCUUAUAGAACGGCUGCAAGCUAGACAAGGAAGUUGUUAUCAAGAUUACCCAGAUUAUCCAGACUAUCCAGAUUGCCAAGAGAUUAGUAAAGAAGAUCGAGAGGAGAGAUCUAGCUUCCAGAAAUAUUUGGCAUCAAGGGUUGAGAAUAGCAAUGAGUCUCAAAAGAGAUUUUGCUCAUACCAUCGAACACCGGCAUCCCGAUACAGCUUCAGACAUUUAGGAGAAAGAGUUGUUCCUAAAAUCAGUUUUGAUGGUAAAAGGUAUUCUAGCAGAGGUUUACAGUUCUUUCGACAAGCUGAUGGCUACAAAAGACUCAAGAACAAGAAACAUAUAGAUAGACUUUAUAAUAAUGGCAAGCAAAGACAACUAGCUCGAUCAAAAUCAGCGCUUAUGACAAACCAUGAGGCUAAAGAAUUCAGAGAGUGUACUUUCCAACCAAAGAUUAAGCACCAAUAUGAUGAUAAACUUGACUGAUAUCAUGAAGAUGAGGAGAUGCUUGUACAAAGAUUGACUGAACCUCCAAAACGUGAAAGGGCUAAGCUAAAUAAAUAUAAGAGAGAAGCAGACGAGCAUAAAUAAAUGUACAUUUACUCCAAGAAUUAAAAGGACCAGUUCCCAAGCCAAAGGAAGGUCAAGAUCUGUAUUCGAUAGUCUGUAUUCAGAGAAGAAGAGGAGGGAUAUUUCUAGGAGAAAUAAAGAAAUUCACUUCAGAGAACGUCUACUAGAAGAAGCCACUUUUAUUCCACAUGUCAAUAAAAAUAACAUAAAGGGAAGCCAUCCAAAAGGUGACAUUAUUAAGAAUACUUCCCCCAAUCUUCAUAGUUUUGAUCAAAGACUAGCUAAAGAUCUUUCUAAAAGAAAGGAAAGUCUUCAUAAAAAUUCAAUCUACAAAAGCCAGAAAGAACUUAGAGACUGAACCUUCACGCCGAAAUUAAUAUCGACCUCAAUUCCUCGCCUUCCAGACUCUGAAGACUCAGAUCAAGACCUAGACAUCCACACUCGUCUAUACAAACAACAUGCUGCUCUUGAAUCUAAAAAGACUAAACUUGCGAAGGAAUACGAUUCUGAGAUCCUUCAAGCAACCCCUCACACCAACGCUGGCAGCUACUUGCGAAGACUCAAGAGAGUAUAUUCUUCAGAGAUAAGCCCGAACAAGUCAAUGAGAGCCAGUAGAGCCAUGAUGAACACCAUGCCUAUAAUAGAUAUCAAGAUUAAGAAAACAGGCAAGAAAGAACAGAGGAAGGAAGUAGAAGAGAAAAAGGAUUAAUUAAUCUCAAAGAAAUAGUGUGGUACAUAGGGGUGCAGGCUACAUAAUCAGAGGGAGAAGUUAA